AUGAGCGAGCGGCCUCGACGCGCCGACUCGGGCGCCUCGCGAGCCAGAGUCUCGGUCGCGGCAGCCGCUCGAGCAAACUUGUUUCGCGGCCAGCUGACCCGCCGCCCGACCGCCAGCUCCUCGAACUCGGCCGACACGCUGCGCCUCGACGUCGAUGUCCUGUCCGACACGUCCGAGAUUGUCGUCCGCAACCAGCAGGGCGAGAUCGAGCUGGGCGAUCCGCCCACCCCGACCGUCGACGAGCACGACGAGCAGGCCGAGGACCGGCACGAGACCGAGAAGGAAAGGCAGCGCCUGGCGGAAGCAGUCAAGCACCACGCCAUCAACCACAGCUCUGUGCCAGACCAGCCGGAAGAGCUGCUCGAGGCCGUCCGCGCCGACCUCCGCGCCAAAGUCAGUGCCCUGGCCGACGACAAUUGGAUGUUUGAGCCAGAAGAGCAGACUCGAGGAUGA